CGCCUCACCAAGGUCCCGCUUUGAAAGCUGUCGGAGCUCGAAACCGCCAACCCAACUAAUUGCAGCACGUCUUUUCGAACCCCCCCAAGAUCGGGUCGUCGACGAUGGCCUCAUUACGAACGACCGCCUCGGCAGCGCGCCUGCUGCGCGGUGCAUCGCACGCCCGCACCGCCGUCCUCCCCGCCGCGCGCCGCUACGAGAGCUCGAGCAAGGUCCCGGCCAAGACGGAGGAGGAAAAGAAGGAGACGUCGCCAAUGGCCACACUGCCGCGGAAUGCGCCCGACUAUAACGUGCCCAUCGACAUGGCCACCUCCACCUACACCCCCGUCCCGAAAACCGUCCAGGACGGAAGCGAGGAGGGAGUCCUCCCGGCAGGGCUCCUCUCCGGCGCGCCGAUCGAGCUGCAGGCCAGGACAGUCCGCAUCUACAAACCCACCAAGCCCGCGACGCAAUCGGGCGGAUGGAUCGGCACGCGGUGGCGGAUGGACUGGGACGUGCUGGGCAAGGGCCACCGGUGGGAGAACCCGCUGAUCGGGUGGCAGUCGUCGGGCGACUUCAUGCAGGGCACGCACAUCCACUUCAAGAGCAAGGAGGACGCCAUCGCCUUCGCCGAGAAGCAGGGGUACGAGUACUUUGUGCAGGAGCCCAACGAGCGCAAGUUCGCCCCCAAGGCCUACGCCAACAACUUCCUGUACUCGCCCGGUAAGCUCAAGCACAUCCGGACCAAGUAGAGCGAGUGCUUGCGAGGAGGGGAGGACUGUUCGGCGAGGCGGAGGUGUUAGUGUACAUAGGCAUGAUGUUGAGCAAAGGCAUUUCAGUCAAUAGAAUGCGAAGGGCUGUUCAGUUUGCAAA